AUGGAAGUUGAAAAAAUAAGAAUCAAACUGAACGUUUGGAGUUACAUCGAGGUGACGCAGGCGUUUUUGCAUUUGCUGUUGAAGAGUCCCUAUGGCGGUUUGAUCGUCAACCAGUCCUCUGUGGGCUCUGUCGCCGUACUUCCAUUCCAGGGCGUGUACACGGCAUCCAAGGCCGCUAUUGCCAUGCUGUCUGACACUCUGCGACUCGAGCUGAGCGUCUUGGGGAUCAAUGUUGUCGACUUGAAGACUGGCGUGGUGCGCUCCAACCUGAUCAAGAAUCAAAAGGAAGCAAAGCCACCAACUCUUCCGGAGAAGUCGAUCUAUUAUCCCGCACGCGAGGUGGUGGAGAAAGCGUUGAGUCAGGAUGCCUUUGCUGAGGGGGGGAUGCCAACUCUGCAGUGGGCCACGGCUGUGGUAGGUGAUUUGCUGAAGCAGAAGCCGCCCCCAGUUAUCUGGAGGGGAGAGCAGGCUUGGGUUGCGAGACUGAUUAGUGUUCUGCCAUUUGGAAUGUUUGAUUCGAUGCUGAGGAAGUUGACAGGACUGGACGUCGUGGAGAAGAUUAUGAAGGUUGAAGCUGGAGCAUGA